UUGAGCUGCCUGGCGCCAUCCUGAAAGAAUGCCUUCACUGUAAAAAAGAGAAGAGCGAGAGAGAGAGAGAGAGAGAGAGAGAGAGAGAGAGAGAGAGAGAGAGAGAGAGAGAGAGAGAGAGAGAGGGGGGGUUAAUGGAGAAAGCCAGCAGCAGAUCUGAUCAGUUGAACUUGCUGGUGCCGCUCAGUGCGCAGCGCAGACUCAGCUCUGCGCUACUUGUUGAACCGGCCUGAAAACUCCAAUCUUUUAUUUUUUAUUUCUGGUCACGUUUCUCUGAGAGGAAAGAGUUCAGGAACUUUGCGCCGAACUGGAUUCCAUGUCGGCCGUGUUCGUGCGGCAGCGGCGUUGUUGCGGGUGAUCGGAACCGGCCGCGGAACCUGUUGGAUUUUAACGCAAACGGAUUUGGGACUCUUUAUUUCUUUGCUCCGAUUUUUUUUCCACAUGAACUUUUACUGAAGAGCAGAAAUAAUUAAAUCAGGUUCGAAGACAAAGAGCGAGCGAUGGAAGUAAGUGCGGACCAGCCUCGGUGGAUGAGCCAUCAUCCCGCGGUGCUGAACGAACAGCAUCCCGGCUCCCAUCACCCGGGCCUCGGCCACUCGUACAUGGACGCUUCGCAGUAUCCGCUGGCGGAAGAUGUGGAUGUACUGUUUAAUAUCGAUGGACAGGGGAACCACGUCUCUUCGUACUAUGGGAACUCGGUCCGAGCCGUCCAGAGGUACCCUCCUCCUCCACCCGGUAGCCAGGUGUGCCGCCCGUCGUUACUGCACAGCUCGCUGCCCUGGCUGGAGGGCAGCAAAGGGAUCCCCCCCCACCACAGCAGCUCCCCCUGGAACCAGCCCUUCCCCAAGAACCCGCUGCACCACGGCUCCCCGGCCAGCCUGUCCGUCUACCCCCCGGCCUCCUCCACCUCCCUGUCCACCGGACACUCCAGCCCGCACCUCUUCACCUUCCCCCCAACCCCCCCCAAAGACGUGUCCCCGGACCCGGGCAUUUCCACCCCGGGCUCCAGCAGCUCCGGGCGCCAGGAGGACAAAGAGUGCAUAAAGUACCAGGUGACCCUGGCCGAGAGCAUGAAACUGGAAUCAGCUCACAGCCGGAGCGUGGCGUCAAUCGGAGCAGGGUCAACCUCUGCCCACCACCCCAUCGCCACAUACCCACCCUAUGAAUACGGCCCCGGCCUCUUCCCACCAAGUAGCCUGAUAGGUGGGUCAUCUUCUAGUUAUGGUUCCAAAACGAGACCAAAAACAAGGUCCUGUUCAGAAGGCAGAGAGUGCGUGAACUGCGGGGCCACGUCCACCCCGCUGUGGCGGCGGGACGGUACGGGCCACUAUCUGUGCAACGCCUGCGGCCUGUAUCACAAGAUGAACGGGCAGAACCGCCCUCUCAUCAAGCCCAAGCGGCGGCUGUCUGCAGCCAGGCGGGCAGGGACGUCCUGCGCAAACUGCCAGACAACGACGACAACGCUGUGGCGGAGAAACGCCAACGGAGACCCGGUGUGCAACGCCUGCGGCCUCUACUUCAAGCUGCACAAUAUCAACCGACCUCUGACCAUGAAGAAGGAAGGCAUCCAGACCCGGAACAGGAAGAUGUCCAGUAAGUCCAAGAAGAGCAAAAAGUCCCAAGACAACAUGGACGACUUCCCAAGAGCCCUGAUGGACAAGAGCAGCUCGUUCAGCCCGGCCGCCCUGUCCCGCCACAUGUCCUCCUUUCCCCCCUUCUCGCACUCCAGCCACAUGCUCACCACCCCCACACCCAUGCACCCGUCCUCCAGCCUCCCCUUCGCCCCCCACCACCCUUCCAGUAUGGUGACAGCUAUGGGUUAAGGCCCCGGCGCCCCGGCUCCCCCAUCACCUCCACGCCCUUCGGUACCUCCGCUCCAGACUCUUCGGUUCGACCCAAGCGGGAUCCUUUCUCCUCGGUUCUGUCUUACUUUUCU